UGUCCCAAUGUGCUUUCCGUACACGGCACAGAAAGUAUCGUGCCCGGAGCAGCUGCUGCAGUCUUAACUUUUGUCGUUAUUUCAUGUUCUUCGAGGUUGUUGUUUCGUUGUACCACUGAUAACUAUGGCCUUUCAGUGUCAGAGGGACUGUUACCUGCAAGAGUUCACCACCACGGUGGUGUCCUGCCGCCCCGCGGAGCUGAAACUGGACAACAGUGGGAAAAAAGAGACCGUGAAGGGCUUUAAUGUCACCCUGGAAGACACCGUUCUCUUCCCCGAGGGAGGCGGACAGCCGGAUGACCGGGGGCUGAUCGGGGGCGUGCCGGUGCUGCGGGUGACGCGCCAGGGCGCCGAGGCCGUGCACUUUGUCGCCGCCCCUCUGGAGGAGGGCUCCUCCGUGCGGCUGAAGCUGGACUGGGACAGACGGUUCGACCACAUGCAGCAGCACUCAGGACAGCACUUAAUCACAGCCAUUGCAGACUCGAUGUUUGGGUACAAGACUACAUCCUGGGAGCUGGGUCGCCAGCGCAGCGUGAUCGAGCUGGACACGGCCGCCAUGAAGCCGGGAGAGGCGCAGGCCCUGGAGAAGGCCGUGAACGAGAAGAUCCGAGCCUGCGUCCCCGUCACGGUGCAGCUCCUGUCCCCCGACGACCCGGCCGUGGAGAAGGUACGAAGCCGGGGCCUGCCGGAGGACCACGCAGGGCCGGUUCGGAUAAUCGACAUCGAAGGGAUCGAUGCCAACAUGUGCUGCGGUACUCACGUGUCGAACCUCAGCCACCUGCAGGUUAUUAAAAUUCUUGGGACAGAGAAAGGAAAGAAGAACAAAACGAAUGUGAUAUUCCUGGCGGGAGACAGGGUUCUGAAAUACGCUGACAGAAGCUAUAACACCGAGAGAGCUCUGACCUCCCUGCUCAAAACGGGCGCAGAGGAGCACGUUGAAGCAGUCGACAAGCUGCAGAAGUCCGUCAAGCUGCUGCAGAAAAACAACCUUAAUCUGUUACGGGACCUGGCUGUCCUCACUGCCCAGAACUUCAAGAGCAACCCGAACAGAGGCAAACUGUUCUGUUUGCACAGGAAGGAUGGAGACAACGAGUUCAUGAACAUCAUCGCAAAUGAAAUUGGCACUGAAGAUACGCUGCUGUUCCUGACUGUGGGGGAGGAAAAGGGAGCAGGGCUGUUCCUGCUGGCCGGCCCGGCGGAAACCGUGGACUCGCUGGGACCCAGGGUGGCGGAGACGUUGGACGGGAAGGGGGCUGGCAAGCGCGGGCGGUACCAGGGCAAGGCCAGUCGCAUGGCCCAGCGCGGGGAGGCGGAGCUCCUCCUGCUGGAGUACCUGAAGCACUGCAGCUCGGAGGAGGAGUGACCCCGCCGCGGCCGCCCUUGGCUCACGAGCCGCCCGCGCGGUUUCCGCGAACGAGAGCGCGCGCGCUGCAGCCCUGCUCAUCUCACCGGCGUCGCCGAAUUUCCUCAGGAGCGAGUCAGUGGUGCAUGGAAUCCAAAAUGAAUAUAUAAUACAACCAGGGAAGUUCAAGAGAAUAGGAUAAAGUAUAUGAUAUGUUUGCACUAAGAGUCUUGUACAUCCCACUCCAAGCCUAAGUGGCCCAAUUAGCUUAGAGGCUGUUUGUAUUAAACCUUCGCCAUUAUACUGCUCAGCUCUCUGUCCCUGCAGUGAAAGCACUAAUAUUACUUUUAGUGUAAUUUAAAAUGGGCUUUAAAAAAACUUUUUUUUUUUUGGUUGUGAAGCACAAAUGUUUAGCCUGGCCAAAAUGUUUCACGUCUUUUAAUGAAUGGGAAUGUAAUGAAACCUCUUUCUGCUCAAUAAAAAGAACAUGCAGGUCCAGAAGAUCCUUAAUAAGAUCCCUAAUUUAUUGGCCUUAUAAUAGUGACUUUCUGUACAGAGCACUGAAAUCCAGUGCUAGUUUUCUGUUUGGAGGAACAAAAGACUGCUGUUUCUUCUGUGUGCAUUGUGAAUUAGAGCUUUAUGGGGUGAAAACAAGGAAAACCAGAACUGA